CUGUAUCACUUCGCCACCCGUACGUAGAGACUCGGCGCAAGGCGUUCUGCACUUUCCCCCCUGCAAAAGUGUUGGGCGGGAAGGUUGGGAGGGAAAGGUCGGGAGGAGAAGACAAGAAUCAAGAAACCUGUCACCGGGGACCUGAGCGGAUGGACGGCGAUAGCUGCAUUCUCUCUCAGUUCAUCCGUAAGGACAAGGCAGCGGUCGACGACUAUCGCCUCUUCAGGGUCCGGCGCACAGUCUUCCAGAUUCUCCGAGAUCGAGGAUACGCCCUCUCCGAUGCCGACCUUGCCGAUGACUUCGAAGGGUUCCGAGCGGCAUGCGGCGAGCCCGUCGACCUCCGCACCCUCACCGUCGUUCGCAUCCAUCCCUCCGCCGGGAAGAUUAUUGUCUUCUUCUUCGGUGGAGAUUCAUUUAAGGUCGCGCACCUUAGGGAGUACCUUGUCCAGUGCAACAGGGAGGGUGCGAGCCGGAUGAUCAUUGCCUACCGGAGCUCCAUCACAUCGCUUGUUCGGAAGGCCGUCAAGGAGAGUGAGUCGACCAUCAAGGUCGAGCUUUUCCAUAUGUCUGAUUUGUUGUGCAAUCCCAUGGAUCAUGUUUUGAUGCCCAAACAUGAGAUAUUGACUGCAGAGGAGAAGGAAAAGCUUCUGGACGAGUAUAAGAUCAAUGAAAAUCAGAUGCCUCGGAUGUUGCAGACAGAUAUGGUAGCGAGAUACCAUGGUCUUGAGCGUGGCCAAGUUGUGAAGGUAACUUAUUCUGGUGAAAUUACUGAAUCACAUGUUACAUAUCGGUGUGUUACAUGAGUCUUCAAAUUAAUGUGUGUAACUUAGUGAUUGAUAUACUAAAGGAUUGAACUAUUGCCUUGUUAUUUGCAUGUAUAUUUUGUUUUGCUCUUGUGACUUCUCUCAUCGCACACCCAUUAGUGGGGGUUGGAUGGCAGGAUGACUUGUGAAUUUACAUCUCUAGCAGAAGAGACGAGUAUGAACCUUUGUUGGAUUUACUAAAUGCACUUGAAGCACACUGGGCUAGGUUGAAGCUCAUAUGUGUGUUAUUGUGUGUGUGGUUACCACAAUUAAAUAAAUAAGGGAAAAUGCUGAACAUGUUGAAUGUAUA